AUGAACAUCAUAAUGGGGAAACAACGGCUGUGUAUAUGCUUAGUGAUACUCUUCUUUGGUGAAGUCUCAUUACAGAGAUGUACCAACCUUCGCUUACAGCUAAGCGCCAUCAACAAGAACAACCUGGAACUUCUGAAGAACAAAAUGAGAACAAACCUUCCUCUGCAAUGCCUCAGUGACAUGAGAGACUUCAUCGCCACCCAAGACACUCUCAGGAAGAUCCAAACAUCCCUAGAAGAGAAUCCAAAGGUGGCCAUUCAUGAAAUCUUCCAACAGAUAGUCCAGAUCUUCAACCAGAACCUGACUGAAACAGCUUGGGAUGAGAAUUCCAUGACGGUGCUCCAGACUGGACUUCACCAGCAAAUUCAGCAUCUGCGAACAUGUUUGAGUGCAGAGAUGGAGAAUGGCAUCCCGUCUCCGAGAAGUCAGAACGUCCAGCUUACCAGGCUGAGAGUGAAACGAUACUUCCAAAGUGUCGAUAACUUCCUGAGAGAAAAGCAGCACAGCCUGUGUGCCUGGGAAAUUGUCCAGAUGGAAGUCAAGCAAUGUCUCCUGUUGGUGGACCGACUCGCAAACAGGAUCCCAAACUAA